UUCGCCCACUCCUUGAACAAAAACGCCCACUUGGUUGCAUUCUAUGGCAUUUGCUUAGGACUCGGCGAGUUUGUUGGAGGUCUAUUCGUGUCUUUCCUGUCGAGGCGAAUACACAACUUUAGUUUAACGCCAACAAUGCUUUGCCAUGCAGCGCUCAGCAUCUGCUUCCAGACGCUUGUUCUCCUAGCGUUUCCCAACUGGUCAACAGCACGGCCAUCCGGUGGAGAAGGCCUCCUGCUAUCGCCCACAGUCCUUAUUUGCGUCAUCUGCGGUCUACUUGUGGGUUUGGCCGAUUCAACAAUCACUACUGCUCGAACAGUGGUUUGUCAAAUUGCAGUACCCCAUCGACGACCUCAAGCCUUCUCCCUAAGUAGGCUGAUACAGUCGAUUUCCUCAUCAGUCACACUCUUCUUGUCACCACAAAUGUCAGUGGCCUCAUGGACGGUGGCGGUGUUGGUAAUGUUGGCUAUAGGAACGACUUCUUUCGGGUAUGUAGCCACGGAGACCACAAAGGUCUCCCCGGAUGAAACGAAUGACGGUGCUAUUUAG